GGUUUGUAAAUGAUUACCAAAUGAGUUUCUCUUACUUCAAUUGCAUGUGGCACUGCUGUUAGCGCAAGCAAAUACAGCUCAUUUUGCAUCUCUACCAAUACACAAUCAUUGCAACGACCCCAGUUUGGAUUUCCUUCUUCUAACUGCUUCUGAAACAACAUGGACAUGUAUCUGAUACGGUCCUGGACCUACUGCUUUUCUAGCUAACCCCCCACUUCUUUCUUCUUCAAGAUUCCUACUAUGGUUUUGGAGGAUAUGGCUCUCUGUCUCUGGAUCUUUAACUAGUUUGCUCAAUUUUUGGAUCAAGAAGUGACUCGUAACCAAUAUCUUGAGUGGAGGUCUUACGUUGCAUCCAAGUUGAGUUGAACUGUUGAUCUUCUCUGUUCAAGCCAGAAAAUGGACAAGAAACUAGCCAUCUUGUUCAUUUUUUCAGCAGCCUUGGUGAUGGAAGCAGUUUUUGAUAGUGUUGGAGCUGAGCCAGUGGAAGAUAAACAAGCUUUGCUUGAUUUCCUUGACAACAUGAAUCACUCUCCUCAUGUCAAUUGGGAUGAGAACACUUCAGUUUGCCAAGGCUGGAGAGGAGUGACUUGCAAUUCUGACAAGUCAAGAGUUAUAGCCCUUCGAUUGCCAGGGGCUGGUUUGAGUGGUUCAAUCCCUCCCAACACUCUCAGUCGCCUCUCAGCACUUGAGAUUGUGAGUCUUAGAUCAAAUGGUAUAACAGGCCCUUUCCCUGAUGGUUUCUCUGAGCUGAAGAAUUUGACCAGCCUCUAUCUCCAAUUUAACAAGUUUUCUGGGCCACUACCAUUGGAUUUUUCAGUUUGGAAUAGCCUUAGUGUUGUCAAUUUUUCCAACAAUUCUUUCAAUGGAAGCAUCCCCUUUUCAAUUUCUAAUCUGACUCAUCUCACCUCAUUAGACCUUGCCAAUAACUCUCUCUCAGGUGAGAUUCCUGAUCUCAAUAUUCCUAGCCUGCAGGACCUGAAUUUAGCCAACAAUAACCUUAGUGGGAUUGUUCCUAAAUCCCUAAUCAGAUUUCCUAGUUCGGCCUUUGCUGGUAACAAUCUUUCAUCAGCAAAUGCACUCCCUCCAGCUUUUCCUGUGAAGCCACCGGUUGCUCAUACGGCAAAGAAAUCCAAAGGACUCAGUGAACCUGCAUUGUUGGGCAUCAUCAUCGGUGGUUGUGCGCUGGGGUUUGCUGUGAUUGCUGGUUUCAUGAUUGUGUGCUGCUAUCAGAAUGCAGAUGUGGAUGUGCAACCAGUGAAAUCACAGAAAAAACAAGCCUCUGUGAAGACAGAUUCUUCAGGAAGUCAAGACAAAAACAACAAAAUUGUUUUCUUUGAGGGUUGCAAUUUUGCAUUUGAUCUAGAGGACCUGUUGAGAGCAUCUGCUGAGAUUCUUGGAAAGGGCACCUUUGGUAUGACAUAUAGGGCUGCUCUAGAGGAUGCAACCACUGUGGUGGUCAAGAGAUUGAAGGAGGUCACAGUUGGAAAACGAGAAUUUGAACAGCAGAUGGAGAUUGUGGGGAAAAUUAAGCACGACAAUGUGGAUGCAGUGAGGGCAUAUUACUAUUCAAAGGAGGAGAAACUCAUAGUAUAUGAUUAUUAUCAACAAGGCAGCGUUUCUGCAAUGUUACAUGGAAAAGGAGGGGAAGGCAGAAAUUCUUUAGACUGGGAUAGCCGUUUGAGAAUUGCAAUAGGUGCAGCAAGAGGCAUUGCUCACAUCCAUGCUCAACAUGGAGGUAAACUCGUUCAUGGAAACAUAAAAGCCUCAAACAUCUUCCUCAACUCACAAGGAUAUGGAUGCAUAUCUGAUAUUGGCUUGGCAACAUUGAUGAGUCCAAUACCCGCUCCAUCAAUGAGAGCAACAGGAUACCGUGCACCGGAAGUAACAGACACGCGCAAAACAACUCAUGCAUCUGAUGUGUACAGUUUUGGGGUUCUUCUACUUGAGCUUCUGACAGGGAAAUCUCCUGUAAGCAGCACAGAAGGGGACCAGGUUGUCCACUUGGUUCGAUGGGUGAAUUCUGUGGUUAGAGAGGAGUGGACUGCAGAAGUGUUUGAUGUAGAGCUGUUGAGGUAUCCAAACAUAGAGGAAGAAAUGGUGGGGAUGCUGCAAAUAGGGAUGGCUUGUGCUGCAAGAAUACCGGAUCAGAGACCAAAGAUGCCUGAAGUGGAGAGAAUGAUGGAGGAGAUUCGCCGCGUAAAUACACCAAAUCUACCAUCCACUGAGUCUAGAUCAGAAGUUUCUACGCCAACCCCUCGUGCAGUUGGCACACCUACUUCUGUUCAACAAUGAGAUUCUUGUUGAGUUGUAAUCAAUUUCAAUCAUAUUCAUAACAGGAGAAAUGAUAUCAAUCUAAUGGACUAAUGGUUCUUGCAAGUUAGUAAAACAUAUUGGCAUAUCAAAUUGGGUCCCUUUGAUAGUGAUUAUUUGUCUUCA